UUUUUGACAUUUAUUUUAGCGUAAAUAAAAUACCCGUGGUGUAUGUUUGUUGUGUUUUAACAAAAAAAACUGAAUUAAUAAGGAUCCGUACUCGUUUAUAAAAUUGUUAUGUGAAAACAGUCUUUCUAUUUAAUUAUUCCCAUAGAUAUGGAAGAGGAAAAAUUAUUACGCAAGAAGAAGAAGGCUUUAAACGGGAGCAAUAGACGUAGUUUGGCAGAAGCUUAUAACGAUUUGGCGACGUUUUAUUACAAAAAUAAUCGCUAUUGUGAUGCACUGGCCGAAUACAAAAAUGAAGCCUCAGUGCUUAAAGAACUGGGUCUACGUAUGGAUUGGGGCACUUGUAACCGGAUGAUUGGUGAAAUGUACAUGUUGUUGGCUGAAUUUGACAAGGCUCUAAAAUAUGAGGAGCGUCAUUUAGGCGUGGCAAAGGAAUUAAACAACCUAGUUGAGGAACAAAGGGCUAUGGCUACCCUUGGUCGUAUAUAUUUAUUACAGGGACAGAGCUCUAACAGUAAAGAAGAAGCUAAAAUCUCUUUGACAGCAGCUGAAAAAGCAUUCAUGAAAAGUCUAGUAUUAUGUGAAAAGUUAAACGGUAAAAUAACAAAGACUGAACUUUUGGAUAUGAGAGCUCGUUUGUUAUUAAAUAUUGGUGUAGUACAAGAGCAUCUCGGAAGUCUUGACAAAGCAUUAGAUUGCAUCAAUAAAGCCAUCACCAUCUGUUCGCAUCAGGAUUUACAUGAAAUACUUCACAAUUGUUACACAACAGAAGCUUUACUUUAUAGUAAUAAGAAAAAAGACUUUGCUAAAGCAUUGAAUUGUUUAAAUAAAGCUAUAGAAGUUGCUAGUAGGCUAGAAAAUAAGGUAUUAAAAACAUGUGAAACACUCUCAGCUAAAGCGGAUAUUCUAUGUAAAAUGUCGGACUACCAAAGUGCCAAACAAGUGUUAAUGAAAGCUUGGAAAUUGAAAACACCCGAUGAUGAAGAGAGGGAGAAUAUAGAAUCAAAUUUAAGAGUUGUUGCGGCAAUGUGUUAUACAGAAGAUUUACUAAUAUCGACAGUACCAACAAAUCAUUUGCAAUUCAAGAAACUGUAUGAGAAACUUGGCGAUGGCGCAUGUCAUCUACAUAAUUACGCAAGUGCUGUGGAAUAUUAUUUAAAAAUGUUGGAUCAUGCAGAAUUAGCGGGAGACUGUGGGAAAACUCUAAUACCUAUUUAUGUCAGCUUAUAUCAAACAUACAAAGACAUGGGAAAUUACAAUGAAGCAUUACAGUAUUAUGAUAAGGAAUAUGAGUUAAUAAAAGAUGUCCCAAAAGAGGCUUACACAACCCUCAUUAAUAUAGCGGAAGUUUCAUUUUUGGCUAAAAAACCUUAUUCAGUUAUUGAAAAAGCAUGUUACGAUGCGAAAAAAGCUGCUAGAGAUUGGAAUAAAAAGAAAUACGAAAUACGCGCAUUGAAGUAUCUUCUGAAAUAUCAAGAAGAGUACUUCGAGAUGGAAGGAAUGGACCGAACUAAAGAAGAAUUAAAAUUAUUAGGUUAUGAUGAUUUUAAUGAUAUGGACAAUUCAGAAGAUGAACAGAGCUCUACUGGUGGCGAAGAUACCCCGCAUAUUGGUGAUGAUAUCUGUCUUGAAGAUCUCACAGAUCUUUCCGACGCAAAUGACGAGGAUGUAACAGAAACAAAAAGGGAAACAAGGAAAAGGGGGAAAGGUUUUACUAUAAAAAAGAACAUGAAAGGAGAAACACAAUUACAUGUGGCAUGUAUAUCAGGUAAUAAGUUACUGGUGGAGCGUCUGUUGGGGAAGGGUCAUCCAGUGAAUGUACGAGACAACGCGGGCUGGCUGCCGCUGCACGAAGCCUGCAUACACGGGCAUAUGCAGGUCGCGCACAUGCUCAUACAAUAUGGAGCCAAUGUUAACGAUAAGGGUGGAGUUAAUUGUGAUGGUAUAACACCAUUAUACGACGCUGCAAGUAAUGGUCACUUAGAAGUUGUACAAUUACUAUUAGAUAACGGCGCUAUACCUUCAAUGAAAACUGACUUUGGUGAAACACCCUUAGAUGUACUACAAAAAUGGCGCGCGGGAAUCAUUCUAACGAAAGACGAAGAAAUAUUAUACAACGAGAUAUGCACUAAAAUACAUAAUUUCAUAGACAAAACUGCGGGAUCAGCAUUAAAUAGAUCCAAAUCUAAAACACCAGUCAAACCAAUCAAAGACACAACUCCACCUAGUACUUCUAAAAUGAGUAGCAGAAUUAAAGAAUUAAAUUCGCCCGGAUUUAAAAGAAGAAAUAUAAUUGAAGACGAUAGUGAUGAAGAUAUUGAUCUAUCGCAGAAUAUUCGAGAACAAACUGCUUUCCCAUCUGACGAUUCCAAUGAUUCGUCAGAAGAGAUUGUGAAAACUAAGAAAAAGAACAAAGGGGUCCAAGAGUAUAGAAAUGCGAUAUCCGCAUUAAGAAAUAGAAGUAUAGAAUUACCGGAAGUGGAUGUUAAAACUAAAUCGAAACCAGCGUUAUUAGACCCUAAUGAAGUUGACGAUGAUUGGUUGGAUGACGAUUUAGGUAUAACUAAAGGUAGAAAAAGAAAACUGAGCGACCCAAUAACAAUAGCUCCUAAGAAAACAUCUUUUGAAAGUAUUAAAGAAAGUAUUGACAGUCUAAAUGAAAUUGAACCACUUCUAGAUAAUACAAAUAAUACGAAGCAAAAGAAAUCGCGUAUCAGUGAUGUGGUCGAUGUAACAGAAACUUCAGAUACCGAUAGUAGAAACGAGAAUUUAUCACCCAAAAAUUACGCGAUAGAAUCUAUGAGGAAUAUAAAUAGAGUUUUAAAUGAGUCAAAAUCUAGAGAUACGAGAGACGCUAUGAAAAGACGAUGUAAAAGACAGAGUACAUUAUUUAAAUCCGGUUUCCAAAGGAGACGUGAAAGUUUCGACCGUUCUAGUAACAGUGGUAGUGAUAACGAGAUAAAUCAUACAAGACAUUCUGGAAAGUUCUCCCGUCAUUCGUCUGGCGAAAAUUUUAGAACCGAUGGAUUUAAUAUUGUUCAAAAUAUGAAUCAUAAUAUAUUGCAGCCAUUGAAUGUUGUUCAGCCAAUAAUAGUUCAGUCUAAAAGUGGCAAAGCGAUGCAAACACAAAUAUUACCUCCGGCUGCAGUGAAAGUGCAUGUUGAAGAUAAAGUGUUUCUCAUCUCAUUGAAAUUGGACACAAUAAAUAAGUUAACAAUCAGCUGGCUGGUUGAGGAAGUAACUUCUAGAUAUUAUAAGUUAACAGGCGUGCGGCCGAUGUUCAGUUUGAUGACGUCAGAUGGAGCUAUCCUGUCAGAAGAUGAUCCUCUCAGCCUAGUUCUAGCCUCACCUGAACUUAAGACCUGUAUCAGUAACUGGAAGGCCUCGCCCGCUGAAGAAAGAUAUUUGGAGUGCUGCGAAGCAUUAGCAAUAUCACCAUCACAAGAAAUCCAACACGCGGUUGGCAGAAGUCAUACAACCCGUAGAAUCGCACUCGGAGCUAACACAUUAUCUACAUUACAAAUACGUCCAUUAUUUAGAGCAUUAACACACCAAACACACAUUACAUCUAUCAUUAUUUCCAAAAAUAACCUCAAAGACGAUGGUAUGAAAUAUCUAACCGAUGCCAUCUGUACUAUUAAAAAUCUAUCACAUCUAGAUAUCAGUUUUAAUAAUAUUACCGAAGAAGGAAUGAAGAUUUUCUUACAAAUGUUUGAAAAACCAACUCGAGUUAAUUGCCAAGCUUUGGACGAAUUGAUAUUAAAUGGCAACCCUAUAUGUGACAAUGGAUUCAAAUGUAUAGGAAAAUUGACGCAGCAUUUAAGGUUGAAGACUUUGAAAUUAAAUGAUUGUAAUAUUAGUGAAAAAUGUGUGGAUGGUUUGAAAAUGAAUUUAGAUAGUAUUGAGUCGAUUGAUUUAAGUAAUAAUGACGUAAAACAGGUUACUGUGAGUUAUUUGAUGACGUCAUUAAGUCCUAAUUUCAUAGUGGAUUUGGAAUUGGAUAAUAUUGGUGUUUUGGGCAAUGUUGUUGGUUGUUUGGCGACAUUUAUGGAUACGGCGAAGGAUUUGAAGAUACGACGGUUAGGGUUGUCGAAUUGUAAAUUGGUCGAUGGGCAAUUCAUGAGAAUAUUUAGGGCCCUUGGUCGAGCAAAGCACUUACAUUGUCUAAGUCUAAAAAAUAAUCUAGUGACUUUUAUUACAUUAAAGAAAUUAUUGCAACGCCAGCCUCCAGUCCCUCAAAUAAAUUUAGAGGGUUGCCAUGAUAUAUUUAAAUUCUCCCCGGACUCGGAUUUCCAAGUAUGGUUGCCAGCUAUUGACUUCGGAAGGUGUAUUCCUGAAAUAAAUGUAACGCCGCUUCUGAAAACUGACGAAGAAAGGGAUAGUUUUAAACUUUUCUCUAAAACUUGGCUUAGUUGCUUUAAAGGCAGGGGAGUUAUAGAACAUUGUGAUGACGGUGUUACGAAGUUUACAGCAAAAUGAUAAAAAAAAAAAAACAGAAAAAUAUUAAUUUUUUCUAUAGAAAAUUAUAACUUUUUUUCUAUGUCCGAACCAGUGUUAAUAAUAAGGAUUUUGUUGUAUUUUUACAGUCGAAUCUUUACACAGAAAAUUGUGAACUCAACUGUAUAUUUUACUGUCUUUGACCAGUGUUUAGUAAUCAAUCACAUUAGUAAUAUUAGGGUAGACAGAAAUAGACA